CUGAAUUCAUUCUUUGAUGGAUUUUUUUUCACCAAUUAUGUAUAGUGUCUUCUAACACGGCAGUCUUAGUGAAUCAGUGAUGAAAACCGUUAGACAAUUUUCCCGCCAAAUUAUAACCACCGCAGAAGCUUCACUAGACAAGCACCCCGACCUCAACACACUGCAAAAGCUCCACGCCCGCAUCAUCUCCGACCCCAAUUUAUGCUCCCACACCUCCCUCGCCAUCAAGCUGAUGCGCGCCUACGCCGCCUGCCGCAGACCCGAUUCCACCCGCAAGGUGUUCGACAAAAUUCCCGAGAGAAACAGCGUCAUUUGCAACGUCAUGAUCCGGAGCUACGUCAACAAUCAUAUGUACCGAGAUGCGAUCCUCAUGUACAAAAUCACGCUGGCUUCGGGCGUUUCCCCCGAUCACUACACGUUCCCCUGCGUUCUCAAAGCUUGCUCGGCCUCGGAUGAUUUCCGUUUUGGGGUGCAGAUGCAUUCUCCCGCCGUGAAGAAGGGCCUUGAUUUGAAUCUUUUUACGGGUAACGGCCUUGUUGCGAUGUACGGGAAAUGUGGGAAUUUGGUGGAGGCGAGGCGGGUUUUUGAUGGGAUGCCGUUUAGGGAUAUUGUGUCCUGGAACUCUUUGGUGGCGGGAUAUGCGCAGAAUGGGAGAUUCGAUGAAGCGUUGGAGGUGUGCGAAGAAAUGGAGAUGUUAGGUGUGCAUCACGAUUCCGGGACUAUGGCUAGUCUGUCUCCGGCUGUGACUGAUACCAGUGUCGAAAAUGUCAUGUUUGUGAAGAGAAUAUUCGUGAACAUGAAUUCGAAGGAGUUAGUGGCGUGGAACGUGAUGAUUUCGAUUUAUACGAAUAAUUCCAUGUCUGAUGAGGCAGUUGAGCUUUACACGGAGAUGGAGGCACGAGGGAUAGAAGCUGAUUCGAUCACUAUCGCUAGUGUGCUUCCGUCUUGUGGCGAUCUCUCUGCUCUGUCGCUGGGGAAGAGAAUCCACGGAUUCGUUAAAUUGAAGAGGAUGCAACCUAAUUUAUCCGUGGAGAACGCGUUGAUUGAUAUGUAUGCGAAGUGUGGGUGCUUAGUCGAAGCGAGGAGAGUGUUCGACGAAAUGAGAAUCAAGGAUGUUGUUUCUUGGACUUCAAUGAUGUCUGCCUAUGGCAGGAGUGGGAAAGGCCAUGAAGCUGUUGAGUUAUUCUCGAAAAUGCAGGAUUUAGGUAUCAUCCCGGAUUCCAUAGCGUUCGUUUCGAUUCUCUCAGCUUGCAGCCACGCGGGAUUACUAGCAGAGGGACGCGAUUAUUACAGAAUGAUGACAGAGAGGUACAAUAUAUCUCCAAGAGUUGAACACUUUACUUGUAUGGUUGAUCUGCUUGGCCGUGCUGGUCUCGUUGAUGAGGCGUAUUCUCGGAUUAAGGAAAUGCCGGUAGAGCCCAACGAUAGGGUGUGGGGAGCUCUACUGAAUGCUUGCCAUGUCUAUAACAACAUGGAUAUCGGGGUUAUUGCAGCUGAUCGUUUAUUCGAAUUGGCUCCUAAUCAAUCCGGCUACUAUGUCCUGUUAUCGAACAUAUACGCCAAGGCCAGGAGAUGGAGCGAUGUAACUCUGGUUCGAAGGAUCAUGAAGGACAGAGGAUUGAAGAAAGUACCCGGUGUGAGCAAUGUGGAGCUUCAUGAUCAAGUCCACACGUUCCUUGCUGGUGAUCGAUCGCACCACCAGUUGAAGGAGAUAUACGAGGAGUUGGAGGUCUUGGUGGCGAAAAUGAAGGAAUCAGGUUAUGUUCCCAGAACAGAGACGGCCCUGCACGAUGUGGAGGAGGAGGAUAAGGAGAACCAUUUGGCGGUGCAUAGCGAGAAGUUGGCAAUUGUGUUUAUGCUCAUCAAUAGCAGGCCGGGGACGCCAAUCAGGGUUACGAAGAAUAUACGUGUCUGUGAGGAUUGCCACGACGCAAUCAAGCUGAUAUCGAAGAUCACUGAGCGACAGAUCACGGUGAGGGACACGAACCGGUAUCACCAUUUUGAGAAUGGCGUUUGCUCCUGUGGUGAUUACUGGUGAAUAAGUGAAGAAGAGAAGAGAAGAGAAGAGAAGAGAAGAAAAGGAUAAUGUUGUCAUCGACUAAACAAAAUGAAGACAUUGUAUUAAUUGCCCUCAUUUACUCAUCUGUUUGUUAUUGAACUAAGUUAAGUUGUUUUGGCGUUUUAAUAUGCCAUGAUUUUUCAGUUAUGUUUUGGGGGUGAUUCUUGUUAAUUUGGUAUUUUUUUAUUUGAUAGGUCUGCCUACUAUUGUGGCAAGAAAUACAAUGAUGGAUGCGAGAACUGAUUCAGUGAUGCUUCCUUUGGUAGCUAGAAACGUCCAAACUUAUGAUGCUGCAUAAGAUGCCUCCGUUUCUGAGGGUGCCGAUUUUCUUAUUGUUACUCUGAAAGGAGGUGCUUCUCCUGAGGAGCUCGUAAGCUCCAUAUCAGGGAGCAUAAAAAUUCCAAUUUUUAUCAUGUUUGAUUCUCCUAAAGAUGAAAUGUCGCUGCAUUCGCCAAACUCAGGAGCUAGUGGUGUAGUUGUUUCAGUGGAUGAAUUGAAAUUGUUGGGAGAAGAUGGAUCGAGUAAGUUAUCUCACAGUGAGUAUGCAUCAAAUGCAAAAGUAGACGACAUAGGACAAAGCUUUGAAAAUAUCAAAACUAUAGGCACACAGAAUGGUUUUUAUGGGAAAAAGAUGAUUGGUGAUUUUAUGAGAUUGGAAGAGAGAGAAGAACAGUUACUAGACAAGGAGCUAACGAUUUUGAUUGAAGCUACUAGUGUUAUCGAAAGAGCUGCACCACUAGUGAUCCUUCAUUGCUAACAACCUUUGAUGGGGGAUAUCUCACUUCUCAAAGAUGCUGUUUCUCAACUUGACCAGCCAUUUUCUAUGGUUAUAGUGGUAAUUGUGUGCUGAACUUCAACCAAUUCUGAUUCUACGGAUAUACUUGGAGGCUGUUGCUGAUGCAAACAAAGCAAUCGAGUUGGAUCCUUCAAUUGCGAAAGCAUAUCUGCGUAAAGG